AUGAAGGUCACCAAUCUUUCCAUUCUGGCUUACACGGGCCUCGCCACGGCCCUCACACAGCAAUGCUCUGGCAGCGCCGUCAACGAAGGCGGAAACUGGUUCUGCGGUGUUAUUGAUCAGAUUCUCUAUGAGGGAUUCUCCAGCAGUGGAAGCUUCAAGGCUGUUACAAAUAUGGGAGAUGAUGGAUCUUGUGAUCAGGAGCCCUUCUCUUACGACGGUGCUCUUGGACCUCUGAGCGAGGAUCUGUCUGUACACAUUCGAGGCCCCUUCAAUCUCAAGGAGUUUGCAGUCUACAAUCUCGGGUCCAGCGAGAAGAAGCGUGACUCUGUUCCCUCUCCUCACCUCCACGGCCAUCGUCAUUUCCACGAGCAGCGCAGGAAGAAGCGUGGGGACUGGGUCACUGCCACCAUCGACGGACAAGUCGUAUCCUGGGAGAACACUUAUAACGGAAGCCCUGCUACCCAGGCUGCUCCUGUUGGUAUCCCUGCUGCUCCUACCGACGCUGUAAAGAAGCCCAUGAAGCUAAAGGCUGGCCCCCUGCCUGGAGUGGACAAGAUCAAGAGCAAGGUUGAGAAUGUCAAAAGCAAGGUGGACCAGGUCAAGAGCAAGGCUACCUCAAAGGCAAAAGAGUACACUGCUACUCCUGGCGGACAUUGGAAGCGCACUUCUUACUACAACGCUCAGCGGCGUGUUGCUGAUAACGUUGUCUUCAUGGGUAACUAUGGCGGCGAGGGAUCCGGAGUCUUUGACAACACCUGGGGCAACUCUCUCUCUUACCUCAACGCCAACGGAAACGGUGGCUCCUCUUCUCCCAAGAUCCUGAAGGACGUUUUCAUCCCUUCCAACAAAGAAUUCUCCAUCUUCAGCUCUGAGAAGUGUGACGAGAGCUGCGGUUACUCUCGUGUCCCUGAUGUUGCCUAUAAGGGCUUCUCCGGCUCAAACAAGAUCUUCCUCUUCAACUUCAAGAUGCCCUUCGAUGGCAACACCGGCUUCAACGGCGAUAUGCCCGCCCUCUGGGCUCUCAACGGCCGCAUUCCCCGAACCGGCCAAUACAGCGGAUGCAGCUGCUGGAAGACAGGCUGUGGUGAGGUCGACAUCUACGAGGUCCUCGCUACCGGCGAUGAUAAGUGCAAGAGCACAUUCCACUUGACAAACGGCGCUGGAAGCUCUGAUUACUUCAAGCGUCCUGCCGACCAGUACAUCAAGGUUGCUGUUGUCUUCUGUGAGCGUACGUCGAGCGUCGCUAUCAAGCAGUUGGAUGACGCCUUUGACUUUGGGUCAUCUUUGAGCGAUGAGACUGUGAGGGACUGGAUUAAGACCAUGUCUACCCCUAAGAAGGGAAGCAGUCUAUUCCAGCUGUCUGUUUCCGUGUAA